AUGUCGGAGGCGUCCUCGUCCUCGUCCUCGGCGGCUGCCCCGGCCCCGGCCCCGGCCCCGGCUCCGGCGCUGGAUCCGGAGGCGAUUGCCCUCAUGGCGGACGAGGCGCCGCCAGAGGAGAUGACGCUGGUCCUUAAGUGGAGCGGGAAGGAGUACACGGUGCGGGCGAUGGGGGACGACACGCUGCUGGAGCUCAAGCGGCGCAUCAGCGAGCUCACCGACGUGCUCCCCAAACGGCAGAGGCUCCUCUACCCUAAGAUCAUGCUCAACGACGACUCCGUCCUCCUCUCCUCCAUCCCCUUCAAGCGCAACCUGAAGAUCACCAUGAUUGGUACUGUCGAAGAAGAAAUAUAUGUGGACCAACCAGAUGAUCCAGAGGUAGUUGAUGAUCAUGAAUUAUUCAAGAGUGAAGUUACUUCUAUCAAGGAUAAUGAAGUCUACAAGAAAAAAUUAAAAAGACGUGCAAGCCAGUAUAAGUUCAAGCUCUUGAAUCCAUGCCGCGAAGGAAAAAGAUUGCUUGUGUUAGACAUUGACUAUACUCUGUUUGACCAUAAGUCUCCAGCUGAGAAUCCUAUGGAACUCAUGCGUCCGUAUCUUCACGAAUUUCUCACUCGCGCAUAUGCAGAGUAUGAUAUCAUGAUAUGGUCAGCAACAAGUAUGAAAUGGGUGCAGCUGAAGAUGGAGCAGCUUGGCGUUCUUAGCAAUCCCAACUACAAAAUCACUGCUCUUAUGGAUCACUUGGCGAUGAUAACUGUGCAAUCUGACAAGUACUAUGCAAACAAAAUUUUCGACUGCAAGCCUCUUGGUAUCAUUUGGGCCAAGUUCCCCGAGUUCUACAAUGAAAAGAACACCAUCAUGUUUGAUGAUCUCAGAAGGAAUUUUGUCAUGAAUCCACAGAAUGGCCUUGUGAUCAGACCAUUCAACAAGGCCAGUAAGAACAGAAGCCGUGAUAAGGAGCUGGUACAUCUUACACAGUACCUGCUCGCCAUUGCGGAGCUAGAAGAUUUCAGCAAGCUGGAUCACGAUGCCUGGGAAUCCUUCAUGGAAAAUGGCAAGAGACGCCGACACAGGUAGUUUCCUUCAAUGUAGUGAUCGGCAGGCAGAAACUUCUAGAGGACACCUUUUUUUUUGUCAAGGUCUGAUUAUCUUUUAUGUACACAUGCUAGCGCACCGGGAUCACCCAGAAAACCUAGUAGUAUCUACUUAAAACUCACUCGGAAAAUAUCCAUAUGCUUGAUCUGAA